AUGUCCGCAGCCAGCAACCCGAGACGGAAGAAGCGGCGGCGGAAGCGGUUCAUGGAACCGGCAACCUCCGCUCCAAAACGUCGUCACCGCAUCGGCCGCGCGACCGAUAAUAAGCUUUAUACAAACGCAGUAGACGCCAGUUUCGAUCGGAGUACUCGUCGAACUUACUCGAAUUCAAUGCUCGUGAAAUUUUAUCUGAAGGGAAAUUUGCAGAGUGAAAGUGAGGUCGCGACGCUUUCUAUCCGCCAGUCGGCGAGCGGCGGCGCGCCUUGCGAAAGCCGAUACCGAGUUGCCCGUUGCUCAGGGCUGCUGAUAUACCGGAGCUUUUUACAUGAGAGAAUUAACGAGGGUAAAUGCUACGAAGACACAGUUGGACACUUCUACUCGCUGAGAAAUCUGACAUCCUAUUCCACGGCUAAUAUGCUGUUGCCACCCAAAAAU